UGGAAUCAAACCAGCAAAAUGAGGGCAAGCAGUGUGAGGUCCAGCCCUUGAGAGCAGAUUCAGAUGCCUCAUUCACGGACAGUGCACAGAGAAAGGCAGCUUUGAGAGUGCUGACUGCUCUGGCAGAACUCCAUCCGCCACCAUGGCAAAGUGCGUGGCCCCCACUCUCCUGCUCCUCUUCACCCUGGCAAGCUCAUCCCUUGCACGUCAAAAGCUCCUGCUGUUCUUGAUGGAUGGGCUUCGCCAUGAUUAUAUCAGCGAUGAAGCACUGGACUCCUUGCCUGGAUUCAAAGAGAUUGUCAACAGGGGAGUGAAAGUGGAUUACCUAACCCCAGACUUUCCCAGUCUUUCCUAUCCAAAUUAUUACACACUGAUGACCGGCCGCCACUGCGAGGUCCAUCAGAUGAUUGGAAACUACAUGUGGGAUCCAGAUACAAAUAAAUCUUUCGAUAUUGGUGUGAAUGAAGACAGCAUGUUGCCUAUCUGGUGGAAUGGAUCAGAGCCAUUGUGGGUGACUAUGAUGAAAGCAAAGCGGAAAGUUGCUAUGUACUAUUGGCCUGGCUGUGAAGUUGAAAUCCUUGGAAUCAGACCUACCUACUGCUUACCGUAUUAUAGUGUUCCAACAGACGGCAAUUUCUCUAAUGCUGUAAAUAAUGCUAUUGAGUCUUUGAGGAAUGGCACAGCGGAUAUGGCAGCCGUGUAUUACGAACGGAUUGACGUUGAAGGCCAUCAUCACGGCCCUUCAUCUAUUCAGAGGAAGGAUGCCUUAAAAGCUGUGGAUAACGUAUUGUAUAAUAUGACUAAACUUAUCAAGGACAAGGGCCUGCAGAACAACCUGAAUGUCAUUCUUUUCUCGGAUCAUGGGAUGACUGACAUUUACUGGAUGGAAAAAGUGAUUGAACUGAGAAAGUGUAUCAACAUGAGUGAUGUUAUACAAGUAAAAGACCGAGGGCCUGUUGUAAGCCUGUGGCCAACCAAAGAGAAGCUGCUUGAGGUGUAUAACAAACUGAAAAAUGUUCCACACCUCACCGUUUACAGGAAAGAAGAUAUCCCUGAUAGAUUCUAUUAUAAAAAAGGGAAAUUUGUCCCUCCUUUGACACUUGUUGCUGAAGAAGGAUGGUUCAUAGUAGAGAGCAGAGAUGCGCUUCCAUUUUGGGAGAAUGGCACUGGAAAAAGAGAAGCUUGGCAAAAUGGAUGGCAUGGCUAUGAUAAUGAACUCAUGGAUAUGAGAGGGUUCUUCCUUGCAUAUGGGCCAGAUUUCAAGUCAAACUUCAGAGCAGCACCAAUCAGAUCGGUUGAUGUUUACAACAUUAUGUGCAAAGUUGCAGGAAUACAGCCACAGCCAAACAAUGGAUCCUGGUCGAGAGUGCAGUGCAUGUUAAAAAGUAAUGCCAAAAUGGCACGAUCAUUCCAGUGGAGCAGCUUUGUGCUGGCACUAAUUCUGUUUGCAUUGUUUAUAUAACAGACCUCGUUACUCUGGUCCCAAUACAAUGUCAGUCAGUGUU